AUGGACCUGGGCAACUUGAGCCUCAAUGUUGCUCGGUUAAUGACCUUCUGGACCUCGAAUGGGCCAAUGAACCUAGGUGUCAACUUCUGGUGGACAGCCAAACGUUCUGGCCAGGUUGAUAGCUGCAGCAUCAACUCUGCAUUCUUGAACCUAAACAUAGACGGCAACUAUUCCAACCCAAACAUGGCCAGCAAAUUUGGAUCUGACAUAACCAAUAAUGAGGAGCUGAGGAUAGUGAUGGUGGGGAAGACUGGAAUUGGAAAGAGUUCCUCUGGAAACACCAUCCUGGGAAGAGAAUGCUUUGAAUCAAAGUUCAGUCCUACGUCUAUGACUACAGACUGUUCUAAGGGCAGAGGUGAGGUGUUUGGACAACAGGUUGCUGUUAUUGACACCCCAGGCCUGUUUGACACGAGGUUUGACAAGGAAAAAACAAAGAAAGACCUAAGCCAGUGCAUCUCUUAUGCUGCUCCUGGACCCCAUGUCUUCCUGGUGGUCAUCAGACUGGGAAGAUUCACUGAAGAAGAAAAGCAGACGGUGCAGAAGAUUCAAGAAAUCUUUGGCCAGGCUGCAGACAAAUACAGCAUGGUGCUCUUUACUGGUGGUGAUGAACUAGAUACCACUAUUGAGAAGUUCUUGCGUGAAAGUCCAGACCUGCAGGAACUUGUAGCCAGAUGUAACGGCCAGUACCAUGUCUUCAAUAAUAAACUGAAGGAUGAAGCUCAGGUCUGUGAGCUGCUCCAGAAGAUCAGAGCUAUAGUCCAGGAGAACGGAGGAAGCCACUACACCAACGAGAUGUUCCAAGAGGCUGAGAGGGCAGUCGAAAAGGAGAAACAACGCAUCCUCAAACAGAAAGAAGAACAAAUACGCAGAGAACAAGAAAAACUGGAGGCGAAAUUACAGGAAAAAUAUGAAAGAGAGAUGAAGGAAAUAAAUGCCCGACUCCAGGCUGAGAGAGAGAGGGAGAUGAAGGAGAACAAGAAGGAGAGGGAGGAGAUGAUGAAAAAGUGGAAGAACCUUGAGAAAGAGAGGGAUAGGGAGAGGAAGGAGACAGAGGCACAGAAAAAGAAAGACAGAGAGGAUCAUGAAAAGGCGCUGGCAAACAUGAAGAAACGGCAUGAAGAAGAGCUCAAAAAGGAAAAACAAAAGAUACAGGAAAGACAUGAAAAUGAUGCCAGACAGGAGGCUGAGAGCAUGAAUCCUUUUCUAAAUUUUUUUUUAAAUGUCUGUGAAAUAGUAGUAGGAAUUUUUAACACGCGUUUCCUCAUGCCCACAACGUGA